GCUCUCUCCCUCUCCGUUCCCCGUGUCGCCGCAUGCUCCCGCGCGACCCCUUCGCCCUCGCCGCGCUCGCCCGAGCGGCCGCCGCGCGCGCUUGCUCCGGCGCCGGCGCCGGCGCCGGAGCCGCCGACGCUGCGGCGCUCCACGCCUUCGCCCUUCGCCUCGGUGCCCUCCCCGCUGAUCCCGUCCUCGCCAACGCCCUUGUGCUCGCCUACUCCCGCUGCGGCCUCCUCAGCCCCCACGCUCGCCAAUUGUUCGACGAAAUGCCCCUUCGAACCCCCGCCUCUUGGAAUACCCUCAUGUCCGAGCUCUCCCGAUCGGGCCCUCCUUCGAGCCACAAAGAGGUCUUCGAUCUCCUAUAUUUGAUGCAAAUUGAUGGGCUGAGGCCGGACGGGUUCACGGUCUCCGUGGUUUUGCCGUUGUGCGGCGGGGGCCCUGCGGGUCUGCUUCGGGGGAGGGAGAUUCAUGGGUUCGUAGUGAGGAAUGAUUUGGGUCUGGGUUCAGAUUUCCAUGUGGGUAGUUGUUUGAUCGAUAUGUACUGCAGAGUCCGGCGUGUGGAUCUGGGAAGGCGGGUGUUCGACAAAAUGCGGGUGAAGAAUGUGGUGAAUUGGACUGCAAUGAUCGGCGCGUAUGUAGAGAUCAGGGAGUUUGCGGAAGCGAUGCGGCUUUUCCGCGAAAUGCAGUGCAAAGGUGGGAUUUUUCCUAAUAGGGCCACGUUGGUCAGCGUCCUCCCGGCGGUUGGGUCUCUCGUGAGCUUGCUAGAGGCGAAGCAGAUCCAUGGAUACUCCUUUCGAAUGUGGUUGAGUAGAGAGGUUUCACUGAACAAUGCUUUGAUUGACACAUACUCCAAAUGCGGAAGCUUGUAUUAUGCAACGCGUAUUUUUGAUGAUGGUUCUUGGCAUAAGGACACCAUCUCGUGGAGCUCGAUAAUUUCAAGUUAUGGAAUUCAUGGUAAAGGAGAGGAAGCUGUCGGGUUAUUUAAUGAAAUGUGUAGUUUGGGAAUCAAACCAGAUAGCAUAAUUGGCCUGGUUGUCCUUUCGGCUUGUUGUCGAGCUGGUUUAGUGGAAAAUGCUCUCGAGAUUUAUAAUUCAUUGGUGAAAGAUCAUGAGAUUAUUCCCACUGUCGAAAUGUGUUCCUGCAUGGUCGAUUUGCUGGGCCGAGCUGGACAGCUGAAUCGUGCUCUGGAUUUUAUAAAAUCAAUGAAGGUAGUACCCGGUCCAAGUGUUUGGGGAGCCCUUUUCGAUGCUUCGGUGAUUCACAACAAUCAGGAAAUGCAAAUUUUGGCUUAUGAAUCUCUUCUUCAGUUAGAACAGAAGAACCCGUCAAACUUUGUCUCACUUUCGAAUCUACAUGCAUUUUCUGGAAGGUGGGAUAUUGUGGAACAAGUGAGGACAAAGAUGAAACAAAGUAGGUUGAAAAAAAUGGCUGGUUGCAGUUGGCUAAAUGUGAAUUUUUCAGAAUGCUGAUUCUGUGAAGUUUCGUUGUCCCAAUAUUGUCCUUUAGUAUUUGACAGCCUCACGUUGGUACCAAAGUUCAGGGAAAGGGUGAAGCUCAAGUUGUGAUUGUUACUCAAACUUACCAAGAGGGUUGAGAAAAUUUCCUAACCGCUAUUGGAUAAACAGGAUGAGUACAAGAUACUGUCAUAGCAAGGGCCUGAUCAUUUCAAGUGAUGGAGUCCAUGGCAACAAGAGGAAGCUGUUGAUAUAUCUAAUAGGGAAAACUUCAAAAAACCCCCCUGUGGUUUCGUAGUUUCUCACUUUGCCCCCCUGUGGUUUAAAAUGUAUCAAUUUGCCCCCCUAUGGUUUCUUUUUUCU